AUGCCAAUGUUCCUGAUCCACCCCCACCCACCCACCUUCUCUGACCCCUGUGCAUACAUCAGACCAUCCGCCGCCGCCGCCGCCGCCGCCGCCUCCUCGCUGUUUGGAGAAGACCUCCACGAGUCCAGAGCAGGCAGAAGCCAUGCACUCAGCUUUGCCAGUACCUUUUAUGGGAAAUCCUUCCUAGAGAUGGAUAUCGUCAAGGAUGGGAAAUCGGACGCGUUUGAGGGGAAACGCAGAAAAGAGGAGUUCAGUCCUCCUGUCGAGCCUGUGGUGGAUAUAAAAACCGAGGACCCGGACCGACCCAAGCCCCGGAGACGCAGGAAGCCGCGGGUCCUCUUCUCCCAGGCGCAGGUGUACGAGCUGGAGCGCCGCUUCAAGCAGCAGAGGUACCUGUCCGCCCCGGAGAGGGACCACCUGGCCGGGGUGCUCAAACUCACCCCGACCCAGGUGAAGAUCUGGUUCCAGAACAGGAGGUACAAGUGCAAGCGGCAGAGGCAGGACCAGAGCCUGGAGAUGGUGUCUCUGCCGCCGCCUAGGAGGGUUUCGGUGCCGGUGCUGGUGCGGGACGGGAAGCCUUGCCUGGCGGCAGACACAGCCAACUACAACCCCUCCUACAGCAUGGGUCACAUCAACCACUUCACUUAUAACAACUAUCCAGCCUUCAGUAACUACACCAGCCCCGGCUGCAACACAAACUAUGCGUGCAGCUACCCUGCAGCCACGAUGCAAACCAUGCAGGGAUCCUCCAACAACGGGAAUUACAUGAACUUUGGGGUAGGGGAGCUGAAUAAUGUGCAGAACACAUUUCCCUCCAGCAAUGGAGUGUCCUCACUACAUGGCAUUAGGACAUGGUGAACACGGGACCGUGUAUCAAAUACCCGCGUUACCUACUCAGUCUAACGGGAUGCUUUUUCUGACUGCAUGCAUUUUUAAACGUGUCAAGACACUGCGGAGUUUUUAUGUAGCUUCUCUUAUAUUUAAUGACUGACUUGUGGUGGUUUUUUCGUUUUUGUUUUCAGCACCGGUUUUUGCCUGAAUAGCUACAUUUGCAUCUAUUUUCGUGACAUUAGCGCACAGACAUGUAAUUUAAGAGAAAAUUAAAAAAAAAAAAAAAAAAAAAGUUUUGUUAAAGUUUAAAUUUGCCCCAACAUUUUCUCUCUUUUUUUUCAUUUUUAUUUCUAUAAAAAUCAGACAGUAUGUGGUGGACGAUGUAAAAUACAGCCUCGUAGCAAUUUAUUAUAUGGAAAAUGAUUAAUUCAAUAUAGGCUCUUAUUAUUAUUGUUGUUGUUAUUAUUAUUAUUAUUAUUGUUAUCCUUGAUAUUAUUAUUAUUAUUAUUUCUGCCUUGCAAGUAUUUAAUUUGUAUUACUUAAAGCUGAAGUUGGCUCUGGCUGUUAAUUUCUAAAUCGUUAAAAAUACACUCAGAAAAAUAAAAAAUAUCAGAAAACCAUUAGGCCUACAGUAUAUAAAUAGUAUGUCAUAGUGAACUACAGCUAUGACAAUACAAAAUCCAUGCCUCUGGCCCUUUUAAUGGUUGAGUUGGCUAUAGAUCCACGUGAAGGAGCCUAACAUCUGUACAACCCUCAUAUGGUUUGUGUCUGCUUAAAAUGUUCAAGUGGCUAUUAGGAAGCUUCCUUCAAUAUGCUCAGAUGGGGCUAAAAGGUAGUUAAAAGUUUACACUUUUUACAGCCCACUGUCUGCCACAUGUAAACUAUACACGUGUUUAAAAGUUGCUGGGACAGAGAUGGCUGGGAGCCAUGACCUUGACAUGUAUUAAAUGUUUAAAAGCAGGUUAUAAUGGGGAAAUGCUUGUUACUAAUUCUAUGGCAUGUAUAAAUUCUCAUGUACGAGGAUUGAAUUGCGCGUGCAAGCAAUUUCUACACAGAUAUGAGCCAUUCUCAAAGUCACCAUCCUUUUCUCUGUGCUUGUAAAUACCAAGACAUCCGAGAUAUUAACCUGAUCUGAAAGAUAUUCGUCUAUUUUCGGACAGUACAGUUGAUUAUUAAAAGCUACCUUUUUGGAAUGUUGCUGAGUCAUUACUGUGUUUCCUUUGGGAAAUCUGAAUAGACUAAAUUUAACUUUAACUGCACAGAUAAUUUAAGCACUCGUUAACUAACUGAACAAAGCUGUGUCCAACUGUAAAAUUUUGCUUCAUGAAUGUGGAGUUACUGAGAUUCCUGUUGGCUGUUUGGUUCCUGUGUUUACACCACCGGUUUGGUGCUGUGUAAGCUCCCCGGAGGUCUCAGCCCACUUGUCCCGAUACCAAACCCAAACACUUGAUUGACACUAUCACGGUGCUAAAUACAAGAAUAGUCCAAUUUGCUUGACAGAGAGCCAGAGGCCUCAUCUAAGUGUGUAGUUAUAUGAACAGGCUAGGAACUGGCUCUGCCCAACUGCCACCACUUUACAAGAGUAAGAGAUGCUUAGGCAUC